CCCCACGUUUUUGAAUCUCAAGUAGCAUGACAUUGUAAACUGCUCAUAAUUGAAUACACUUUUAUACAUAUGUCCCUUGUUCGACCAUGUUUGUGGAUAUGAUAACGGAACGAUUGAUUAACUAUCAUCUCUGUUUAUGGACUGUUGUAAAAUCCACAUUACAUUCUACGUCCUGAUAUACUACUGGAGUCAUAUCGUUUCGUUGAAAUUAUUAUUUACCUAUGAUUGUGGAUUCUGGUACCAAAAUCUACAAGAAACGCGCCAAAUUUCUGAUUUAAGUGACGUCCCUAAACUUUUGUUUGUUAUUAUCUUAUGCGUUGUUUAUUGCUACAUUAACUUUUGGACGUAAUAACUUUAUUGCUGUUUUUCGGUUAAUAUACUUUUUGGUUCACCACAGUGGUGGCACAGUUUCAAAAUGCAUGUUUGGAGGAUGCCCUGAAGAUCUGAAGUAUGCUUCUUGGUAUUUUCUCUACAUACUAAGUAUGCAUCUUCAUUUGCAUUUCUGAAGUUUCGGCUGGUAAUUAUACAUUUUUCCAGUUAUAUCACUGCGGAAUUUUAGAUUGGGAAUUGUCAUGCUAUAACGAGUCUCGGCACAAACAUUGUUGCUCUGAAAAACAAUAAUUAUUCACGGAGCUCACUUUGGUUAUUUUCGUGAGAUUCUACUUAUGUCGAAAUCAACCAAUCGUUGUUGUGCACACAAUUCUCGAAAUUGUUGGGUCGGUGUGACUGUCAAUAUAUCUAUAGGAUGUUCUGUUCAUUCUGUAUGUAAAAAUUCCGUUCAUUAUUCAUCUGACUUAUCUGGUGAUUUGUUGGCGAGAGAAUGUUCUUUCAUAAUCGACAAUGUAGCUGAACCAGCGUUGUUCGUAGAAUAUGACUGUAUUUCAACAAGUAAGUUUAGUGAUGUGUUCAGUUGUUUCUAACCCUUACAACCACUACUUUUGGCUUUUUCUGAGAUAUUACAGGUGUCUGACUGUAUGGUCAACCAACAAUCGGUUUAAGCUGUAUCGUCUAUAGGUAGAAUGUUUUAUUUCCUUCUUGUUGGUCGUCUGAAUUUCUCCUUACAAUUAGUUUCAUUAGUAAAACUUGACUCAUGUCCUAUAUUAUGCAUGUAAUUCUUCGAAUUUUGGUCAUUAUUCAAACUAUGAUAGAUAGAUGCAGUUACUAGUCUUUUUAUCGCCAACAUGACGAUUAUACAGGAUCAAUUCAUUUGACUGGAAGUUUGUAGGAACCGUCGCUAGAAGCUCAACGGAGUUGUUAAGAUUUUUCAUCCAUUAAUCGGCGAAACUAUAAUUUAUGGACGAACUAACCAUAUAUAAAAUAAAGUCAUGAGUUAUGACGCGAGGUUCAUCCAUACUUUUGGCUAAAUGGAGUUUUGGCAUUAUAGCUGAUGUCGGUUCGUGAUGAAAACCCGAAAUUUAAUCUUAAUCAUCAACCGUCAUUGAGAAUUGUAAUUGCCGCAUAACCCGCUUUUAGUCCUAGUCAGUAGGUUCCCACUCUCGAGGUCCCUUCAGUAUCUCUGAAAGGUCUUCCAUAAAUUAUAGUCUGACCCAUUAAAGUUUUCCCGGUGUUUUUGCUUUCUUCAGUUACCGUGAAAUAUUUAAAGAACUUGCUUGUGUUUUUAUAUCUAUGGCUAUUAUUUUCAACUUGUUACCUAGUAAUUCUUCGUAGCACGUGAUUAUAAUCAUCUCUGUAUGAACAGUUUAUUUCGUUCACAAUCAAGUGAUUUUUGUAAAUUAUUCUGUUCUGUAAGUAUUGCGAUUACUUUGAUCAUGUUUGCAGAAAUGUCAUUGGCAAGUUUUCUUAAUUAUACCAUCACAUCAUGUUUAUUAAUAAAAUGAUCAUUAAAAUGAACGUUUUAAUUCGCCGUUAAAACUCAAUUUCUAGAACUGAGUGCCUGAUACAAAGUUGUUUUCAUCUAUUUGAAAUGAAAACAACUCGAGAACUUUUGUGGUAGCCACCAAUAGUUAUGAAUUACUAAAACUAACAGCAAUAAUCAAUGAAAAUUAAUUGUCUCAAUGGUACCGUUUCAUCUUGUUUCCAGGGUAUAACUCAGGAUAUUUGUAUCUAUGACAUGAUUUGGUCCAUUAAUGAAGUGCCAUGAAAAGUGACAUAGUUUUAAUUUAUUUAAGCACAUAAACACUGGUACAAGAAGGCACCAAGUACAUAUGUGCUACACAGAUCAUUGUAUUAGUGUGAAGGCUAGAAUAGCAAUCAAGCACUCAAACUGAAACAGGUGGUUUUCUAAGCUUGUCAUUCCUCGAGCCUCUGAUGUGCAGAUCUAACACACAAGACAGUGGAUCGACGUUAUGAGAUGCAGUCUCAUGAUAGUCGGUGGUCAACGAUAGGUUCAUACACCCUUUGUUCCUUCAGGUUCCUAGAGCCCAUGUGCACCACCGAUUUGGAAUCAAGGUUUUUCAACUUCCCUAGGUUGAUCUUCUGUAUCCACCAACCAGGUUAGAGCGUCGGAAAUUAGCUUAUUAGCAGUGUUCAAGCACUGAAUAUUUCCUCUUUAAAACGUGGUUAACUUUAAAGUUGAACAGCGUAGAAACCUGUGUAAAUCAAACUGACAACAAGUGUCCGUUUUGUAGAAAAUUAAUUUGUGUGUACUUAGCGUUUGUAUGGAUUCGUUUAGAUUGAAGCGAAUAGAUAAAUGUUUGUGUUUUGUACACCUAAAUAGCUCUUGACGAUAUUUGUUUAUGUGCUAAAACGUUAUUAUACUACAAUGAAAUUCACGAGACUUCGUUUUCAGAAGUUGUAAGUGGUCAAAAUCUGAAACUGCUAUCUUACGUUGUGCAUAUACCUGGACGAAAAAUGGCAAUGAUCCUCUGGGUCAUGGAACCGAUAUAAUGUUAAUCAGCAAGACCAGUGAUUGUCGUUGUUAUAAUUAAAAGAGGUUUUGAUAUCACGUUGUUAAUAUCCUUGUUAUGAAAUUCGGUCUAUCUUUGUUGAUAUUUUACUCCUAGCCAUAAUUCAUCUAUCGCAUGGAUAAAAAUGAAGUUGUUUGUUUAUAAAGACUUUUAAAAUGAUUCAAUGAAGCUUUCAGAAUUUCGGAUCUCAUCCAAUACAGCCUGUAAGUGACAAUUUAAAAACCACCGUCUUUGCACACCAGCAAUUUCAAAGUGUUGUAAUUGCAUUUGCAAAAAUGUGGGUUGUAACCAGCCUCCGAGCACCAUUGUUUAUGUAAUUAUUACUAGCAUGUAUACUAGACCUCGGUUCUGUCUACUCUUUUUUAAACCGAGAUUCGUUUAAUAAUCUGAUGUUGUACUUAUACUUGGUUACACUAGCUCUCCAAUCAUGUCAUGUCAUGUCAUCUGCUAUGGAAUAAAAAUGAACUAAAUGGAGGGGAUAACGAUGAAAUUUGUCUUGAUUAUUUGAAUUAACCUUGUUUUGUACUGAUUUACGUGUAUUUGACAUGGCUUAGUUACAAUCACUUGUUCCUAGCUACUUAUAUUUAUAUGUAACUGUCUUGUUAUUUCUAGAACUAAGCAGUGUUUUAGCCUCAACCAAUAAAGUGUGAUAUAUAUUGAUGUUGUUAAAAUAGCCGGUUUUUGAAAAUCACAAUUUUUUUUUUAAAAAUCAAGUUGCUUUACUCACUGUAUGUCCUGCUCCAGUCUGGGCACCCGGGCAGUAUCACAGCCCACACAUAACACAUAAGAUUUGUGUGGUGCAUAUGUAACUGGUGCCCCCUUGUGCCAGUAUUUAUGUCUUCGAAUAAAUAAAUAAAAAUUCACUGUAUGUAUUGAUUUAUGAUAAGUUUAUAAAUAAAAAUCUAAAUAUUCGAGAUAUGUGGUGUUAAACAUUAAUAGUUUGCUUACAUUUUAUGGUACAUAUAUUUAUUAGGAUACGUUAAAUAUUCAUUUGUUUAGUUGCUCAGAGAGAUAAAUGGUUUGCAAUUUUGAUUGUUUUAUCCCUUUAUAACUCUAAAGUAACUGUAUUUAAAUGGUUACAUCCACAAACAUUUAUCGUGGACGCGCAUUGCCGAAGAGUUCCACAAUAAGACGAAACGGCCGUCCAGUGCUUCCAUGUUUUCUAUGGUAGUGAGCUUCAAUUGACUCAUGAUCUCAACUGUUGAAAUUACUACAAUCUCCACAAAACCCCUUCUGAUAUUAACAUUAUAAGUUUAACAUUGAUUCUUCAUACUAAGUAUUUGAAAUUAGUCAUAAAAAAGAACUUCUUGAAUUAGUUUGUCAUCUGGUUAGUAUUUGUUAUCAGAACAUACUUGCAAUUUUGAUAGAACUGAUACUUUCUGGUAGGUUGAAAUGUGAGUUGUUGAUUGUAAUAGUUUGGAAUGUUACCAUUGAGAUGUUUGAGCUCGGAAUUCAUUUAUUAUUUGAACUAUGAGUUUUAUUUCUAUCAGUUUACGUAAUCUCACUAUUACUAUAUUUAAUAUCUUCUAACAUUUUUUUCAUCAAUCGAGGCGGUCAAGACAUUUGUUACGUGUGCCUAACCUUCAUCUAUCUUGGUGGAAAGUGUUAGCUGGUUUAGGAAUAACUUGCAAGAAUGUUAGGGGUACUGGAACUAAAAUGUAAUAUCAGUCCACCAAGUUAUUGGCUAUUAGCCUGAGCCAUAUGGGUUGGUGCAAAUUACCUGGUUGAUGCCCACGCAAUAACUACGAUCAGCAAUUGGCGAUGACGGUUGACGUGGCUAAUAAUGGACCACGAUGGCACAUAUACAUUCACACUUUGUCCUCCUCUCGAUCUGGAGUUUCAUUAUUCCGUCGUACGUUUGCCAUUCAUUCUGCCUUUUCGAACCAUGGUUUCAGUGUUUAGUCUUUUCAUUAUCAUUACUACUACAGUUAUUUCCACUCCUUUGCUGUUCGUCUCGAUUUGCCAAUGUGAUAUGGUAACUGGGGCCAACGAGCGUUUGUGCCAGACUUUAAAUUGACUGUUACUUGUUGACUGUCGGACUAUUAGUUUUAUUAUUAUCAUCAUUAUAUUUCCAUUUUACAAAUGCUGUAUCUCUUUCUAAAUAGCUCAUGUAACAUGAAUAUCUAAUGAAAAUUGUGUGGAUCCUGAACAGAUUGGUGGCUAUUUAAUCAGCUUAGAUUAUAAUGAAAUAGUAAAAAGUGGUUCAGAAUGGAGAAGUCACUUAACUGAGGCAAUAUAUAAUCCCAAAUGAAAUAAUUUACCGCAUGAGUUCUAUUUACCCGCGCCCGAAAUUGCAGCAACCAAAUAUUCAAUUGAUGAUGAUGAUUCUUUUAGCAGCUACGGUGAAAGUGGUCAUCGCGAAAAUAAUCAUGAUCGUCUACUGAACAAAGGCAAUUCGGCUACAUUUAUAUUACGGAUAAAAGAUAUAAGUUUGACUAAAUCAACCACAAAUAUGAGUGAGUGAUAUUGUUUUUUAAUUUCAUUCGUUCUAUUCAUUCAAAUCAUAUUUGUUGCAAAUAAUUAUCACGCGCAACGUAGAAAUUAGCACAAGCGUGAAUCGGUUCACGUCACCAGAUCAUAUCAACGCAACAAAAUGAAAUGAUCAAGAUCAAUCCCAUCACUGUCUCCACUGAUUCUGAGCCAUGUUAACAAUGUCUCCAACCAUUAGUCACUCUUAUCUCAACCAGGUAGUCUACGCCCAUCAACAUAGCUCAAACAAUAAAUAUAGUAUGAGGAAAAGCCAAUAAAAAUCAAGAUGUUAGCAGGACAUAGACUGGAUUAAAGCAUGCUCAAUGCACGAUUGCUUUAGUGCACGCUGAUUGGCUUCCAUCUAACCUUGUUAUUUGGAAUAUAAUCUCUUUCCUGUUCAACCGUGUUCUGAUUUGGGGACUUGUCGAGUGAUUUGGUGUCCAAGACUACUAAGCAAUAGGAAUAGCUUGGCCAUACCGUAAGAAAGAGAUUAUAACGCUAGAACAUGAGUUAUAGGUUUUUGUGCAACAUUCAUUAAUCACGUAUCACUAAUAUUAGACAUACUUUUGUAUUUGUUCAAACUCAUAACGAAAUAUUAAUUUUUGCCACAGUGUUAAAUGUAUUAUAUAAUUAGUUUUUCCUUUGUAUAUUGUAAAUAACAAGGAAAUCAACACUGUCCUUACAUUCUAAUCAUAAACCUUUAAUGCUGAAACGAACAUUCACUUCAUAUACUAUAUUUUAUGGCCUCUUGGAUUAGUGGAAUUCUGUCAUCCAUAUUUGUUCCGUGGAAAUGUUUUGUAUAAUAUCUGAUGCAAACUAGUGACUACCAGUCCUAACCAUAAAUAUCUUACCCUAGUCAUAAAUAAUUUAGAGGUUUUUGAGUCAUCCACAAAGAUGGAUGUAUAUGACUUUGAUUUUUCACUUUACUGAGUAACUAGUAUAAUAAUUUGAAUAGAUUUAUCAAAUGCACAGAAUUUGUGUACACAUUCCAGUGCUAUUGUUUUCUUUACCAUAACCUAUCCAUUUACAAAAGCUGCUUUCUGAUUACCUAGUAACUAGCUGAAAUUUCAUCACAGUUGUUAUAACUUCAUUCAUUAUCGACGAAAGCUAAGAAAGAGAACAGCGAGAGAUCUGUGUAGUUUAUUGAAUGCAUUUCACUACAUUUUCAAUUAGUUUCAUCAUCAGGAUAUUAUUAUGAUCAUGCUUAAAGUAUCGAUAUAACCUUUUUGUUCUGCCUAAUUAUUUGUUGUUUAGCGUAAAUUUGCGGUUAGAACAUUUUAAAGCUUGUUCUUCACACAAGUGUGGAGGUCAGUUACAUAUUACGCAUAACUUCCAAAAUAACACAACAACUGCAUUUCCAAGACGGAGUGAAGUGUACAUAAGCAUUCAAGGAAGUCAAAGAAUCAAUAAGCUUCGCAUCAUUGAGAAGUAUGGUGAAAGUUUCGCGACGGAAUUUGAGACAAAAGUGAACAAUUAUUAUUUCAGAAUUCUUAAUACCAACUUGUAAACUUGGUUUUCUGCUUUGGCAAGAAUGAUUAUUCAAUAAAGUUUUGCAUAAUUUUUU